CUCAACCCACCAAAACAUCCCUCCAUCUUUCCAGAUUUUUACUCAUAAUAAUAACAAAAAUUGUACUGAAUCUUAUCACAUAUUCUUUACGUUUGAUGAAUGUACGUACGUAUAUUUUGAGUAUUGUAUGGUAAGUAGAUCUCAAAUCUUCAUCUGGGAUUGUUUAAAAAUGGAAUCUUGCAGCAAAUAAACAGAGCCACGUUGAAUGGCGGGCUAAUGCCCCAGAAGGAGAAGGGCCAGCAAAAGGUUGACCUUUGGGAUUGAUGGGGUUAAGCGCUAGAGCUUCCAGAUUACCUUCUUCUGUUUUUCGACCUAAAUCUCUGCUCCCCAGCCACCUUUCCACCAUGAGAACAAGGACAAUUUUUGGGAUCUCUAUUUCCCUAAUCAUCAUCAACAUGGCCGCUAUAAUGGAGCGCGCUGAUGAGAAUCUCCUUCCAGCUGUUUAUAAAGAAGUCAGUGAAGCUUUUACAGCAGGACCAUCCGAUCUUGGGUUUCUCACAUUCAUAAGGAACUUUGUGCAGGGAAUUGCUUCACCAGUGGCAGGUAUUUUAGUUUUAAAUUAUGACCGUCCCACGGUUCUUGCAAUUGGUAUCCUCUUCUGGGCCCUAUCAACCGGUGCAGUGGGUGCGAGCAAGUAUUUUCUGCAGGUUGGCUUCUGGAGAGCUAUAAAUGGCUUCGGUCUGGCAAUUGUGAUACCUGCUUUGCAGUCCUUCAUAGCUGAUAGCUAUAAGGAUGAAGUCAGAGGGACGGGAUUUGGGUUUCUUAAUCUAAUUGGUACUGUGGGUGGGAUAGGAGGCGGAGCUAUAGCUACAGUUAUGGCUGGUCAUGAAUACUGGGGCAUACCAGGAUGGCGCUUUUCCUUCAUCGUGAUGGCAACUUUGAGUUGUUUCAUAGGAUUUCUCGUCUUCUCUUUUGUCGUUGACCCAAGGAAGCAAAGCAGUGGCCAGCGUGAUAUAUCAGAACACUCUGACAGGGAUGAAUUGAUAGAGAAAGGACACUCAAAUAUCAAUUCAAUGUCAAUUUGGAUGGAGUCCUGGACAGCCAUGAAAACUGUCAUCAAACUCCAAACGUUUCAGUUCAUUGUUUUGCAGGGUCUAGUUGGAUCCCUACCUUGGACAGCCAUUGUUUUCUUUACAUUAUGGUUUGAAUUAAUUGGUUUUGAUCAUAAUAGUGCAGCCACACUUGUCGGUCUAUUUGCUGCUGGAUGCGCAUUAGGAUCCUUUUUCGGUGGAGUAGUUGCAGACAAAAUGUCUCGAAUAUACCCUCAUUCAGGACGUGUCAUGUGUGCUCAAUUUAGUUCUUUUAUGGGCAUCCCAUUCUCAUGGUUCCUUCUUCGAAUUAUCCCCCCAUCUGUAAGCAGCUAUUCCACAUUUGCUGUGACUUUAUUCAUAAUGGGCCUCACAAUCAGCUGGUGUGCUACUGCUACAAAUGGUCCCAUGUUUGCAGAAGUGGUGCCUUCAAAGCACCGCACAAUGAUUUAUGCUUUUGAUCGUGCGUUUGAGGGUUCAUUUUCUUCUUUUGCUGCUCCAAUUGUAGGGAUUCUGGCUGAGAAAAUGUAUGGCUAUGAUGCCAAAUCUGUUGAUCCGUUAUUAGGAUCUGCAAGAGAGGCUUUAGCGCUGUCAAAAGGUCUCUUUUCAAUGAUGGCCGUGCCUUUUGGUUUAUGUUGCUUGUUUUACACCCCUUUGUAUUGGACAUUCAAGCAGGACCGUGACAAUGCAAGACUUGCUGCUGCAAAAGAAACAGAGAUGAUAUGACAAUUCCACGCUUUUCAUUUCUUUGUUUAUUCAUUCUUCUUGGAUCUUUGGGCUCAUUUG